AUGGCGGCCAUUGUAGACCACGUUUGCUACAACAAUCUCCCUUCGCUGGGGGAGGCGGACAUGUCCCGUCAGGCUCUGUCCGUUGAUGAUGUUAUCAAUGGGCCGAUUCGCGACGUCUUCCUCAAGCAUGCCACUCACCACGCCUUCUGCCUUUACCUCCAGCACCGCCAUCACACCGUCGCUGCCAAUGAGGCGGUUGUCAAGGUUGAAGGCACCGCACAUCUCAUGGACGACCAGGCCAUGAAGGACAUCGCCUCCUUUGGAAACAAGGUCGUUCCGACGACGUGGAUGACCUCCGGUGGCAAGGUGCUUCCCAUGGAGUUCACUGCCAUCCCUGCUAUGGCCGACCAUCCCACCCUCUCGGCCGCAUUCGUGCAAGAAUUUCUCUCCAUUCUUGCCACCAAUGGAUGCGAAGGAUUGUUUGGCGUUGACACCCUCGCUGGAAACAACUGGUCCGAAAUGAAGAUUGGCGACGCGAGCGUUGUCGUUCCUAGCAACGAUAUCGAGACUCACGACCAGGACAGGGUGGUUUUCCAUACAUGGAAAGGCCUGCAAUCGAUAAUCGGUAUCGGCCCCACAUUUAUUGCAAGUAUUGCAAUACACCUUUCCAUACUUGGUCCGUGCACGACGACAAAAUGUCACUGA